AUGGUCGCAUUCUCAAAGAUCACCAGAGACCGCACAGAGCAGAUCGCCCACCUCCUCAAGAGCUCGUCCUCGCGCCGCCCGCUGUACAUCCUCCUCGUCGCUCUCCUCGUUGUCCGCGGUGCAAUCAUUCAUAAACUCAAGGAUUCAAGACUUCAGGAAAGCAAGAGCAAAGACAAAGCAUCGGAGACCAAUGCGUUCGGCUUGCGGACUAUCCCCCAGUCGAGACUCGCCGCCGAUGCGCGGCAUUUCCCCCCUUUGCCGCCAGCCGCUUCAUCGAAGCCGAACAUUGACUAUGCGUUUGCAAGACAGCUUGCUGCUAUCGUGUUCCGUGUUGCCAUACCGAAAUGGUACUCCCGGGAGUCGUUCAUCCUCCUUGCGCAUUCGCUCUUCUUGGUGAUGCGGACAGUGCUGAGUGUCGCUGUUGCGAGAUUGGAUGGGCGGAUCGUAAGAGAUCUUGUUAGGGCUGACAAGGCAGGGUUUGCGAGGGGUCUGGGGCUCUGGUUUGCGCUUGCAGUACCAAGUAUAUACACGAACUCGAUGAUUCGGCAUCUCCAAUCCGUGCUUGCGAUCAGGUUCAGGACACGGCUAACACGAUACAUUCAUGAUCUUUACUUAUCAUCUGCACCAAACUACCGCUACUACCGCGUACCCUUGGAGGGUGUCGACCAAUACAUCACCGCUGACGUUGAAGCCUGGGCGGACAGUAUUGCAGGAAUCUAUGGAAAUCUGUUGAAGCCAACGUUGGACAUGCUACUAUUCACUUCACAACUCGCCCAGGAACUGGGAUUCCGAGGGACCGUGCUCUUGUUCGUGAACUAUUACAUCACAGGCAAAAUCCUCCGUGCUGCAACGCCUGCAUUCGGGAAGCUUGCAGCCGUCGAGGCCCGCCUAGAGGGCGAAUACCGGACAGGUGUCGGACGCGUCGGCAGAGAAGGAGAGGAAAUUGCCUUCUACGACGGUGGGAGUAGGGAGCGUGAUAUCCUGACCAAGGCGUACUUGAAGCUCGUCAAGCACGUUAACUCAAUAUACAAGAUUCGCAUAGCAUACGAGUGGACAGAGGACUUCGUUAUCAAGUACCUGUGGUCUGCUGCUGGGUAUGGUCUGAUCGCCGUCCCGCUGCUGAUUACCCGGAAACGGAAGGAAGCGGAGGCGAAACAGAAAGAGAUGGAGAAGAUGGUCACGGAGGUUGUGGACGAGGUGAUAGACCAUGUUGCUGGAGAAGACGAAGUGCGACAAGACGGGAGCGAUGAUGUCGUUGCAGGUCGUACCGAGACUUACAUCUCAAAUCGCCGACUGCUGCUCUCGCUCGCCGAUGCGGGUGGUCGCCUCAUGUUUGCCUACAAGGAUGUUUUGGAGCUUGCUGGGCUUACGACAAGAUUGUAUACCCUCCUCUCCGAGCUCCAUAAUCUUCCUCCGCUGCCCAAAUCGACGCUCCCCGUUGAUGGUGACGCCCACGUAGACAGCGACAGCUUCACCCUCUCCCACGUCGACGUCCGCAUUCCUUACCUUGGCACCGCCUCCGAUCGAGACACACCUGCAGAACCGAAGGUAAUCGUGAGCGGCGAAGACGAUGACGAAAAAAGCGUCUCUUCCGAGCCCGACGAGAACGCCCUGCUGCUAGUGCGCGACCUGUCGUUGCACCUCCGCCGCGGCGAACACCUCAUGAUCACGGGCUCCAACGGCGUUGGCAAGACCGCUGUCGCGCGCGUCCUCGCGGGUCUCUGGGCGCCCUCGGGCCCGCUCGCGGAGCUUCGCCGCCCCGCGCCGUCGCACGAUGUCAAUCUCGAGCGCGAGCGGCCGGGCGUGUUUGUUGUCCCGCAGAGGGCGUACCACCCCACUGGGACGCUGCUCGGGCAGGUCGUGUAUCCGCAUACGGUGGCGCAGUUCUAUGAGAGCGGACGGAGUGAGGAAGAGAUCCAGGAUAUACUGGAGAGCGUGUUCUUGGGCUACCUUGUGGGGCGUGAGGGUGGGUGGGACGUCACGAAGGAGUGGAGAGAUGUAUUGAGCGGUGGGGAGAAGCAACGGAUGGCCAUGGCCCGUGUUUUCUAUCAUUGUCCCAAGUUUGCCAUCCUCGAUGAGUGCACGAGUGCGGUGUCGGGCGACGUCGAGGGUCAAAUGUACGAACAUGCGAAACUGAUGGGCAUCACGCUCAUCACCAUCUCGCUACGGCCGUCAUUGACGAAGUAUCACAACAACCUGCUUACGCUCACGGGCGACGGCACGGGCAGCUGGAUGUUCUCGCGGAUCGGGGAGAACGAGCCGGGAUCGCCCAAGAUAGAUCGCAGUAGGAGCCCGGUGGUGGAUCGAUUCUCGGAAGAGAUCAAGUCACUCGAGAAGAAGCUAUCGCAGGCGGAGCAGUGGCAGACGCGCGUCAAGGAGCUGGAAGGAAUGUUGCACAAGACGGAUGCUUGAGUCAGGCGGGCCGACUAAGCUGAGAAGGCGGAUUGUUGUGGCGGAUGUGCCCGACUCUCCUCGAGAUGGUAAUGAUGCAAGGAAGCUGGAGCUUAAGCUUGAAUGUUAUCCGGACCUGUGCCCGAGGCACUUAUGCCCUCUGAGAGCGCCCAGCUGAGAAGGCAGCAGGAUUUGGAAGGUGGUAAACUGUGUAUUUAUGCUAUCAGACGAUCUGUUGUAGGCAUGUUGCAGACUGUAGCGGCUGCUGAUGCUUCAUACGCACUCGUUCUUCACGAAUGGCUGUGGAGCGUUCUGGUGCCUGAAUUUUGCUUCCGUUCCAGCUGUCAAAAGGCUGUCAAGGAUUGGCCGCUUCGUUCAGUAACCAAGACACCUCAUCUCCAAACGGCUUCCAGGUGCUCUUUUUCAGUCCCACAUUCGUGAGAUGGUGGUCCUUCCGAGGGUACGUUGUGCGGCGUCAAUAUGUUUUCUCGGCGUGUUACACGAACCUUCGUGGCGAGGAAGGAUUCCUUGAUCGCCCCGUGCGGCAGCACGCCUUCCUCGCUGUCUGCUACUCCGGUCCGAUUGUGCUGCAUUGGCAACUGGGUUUCCUCUGGUUGGAUCUAGGGUGCAGAGGCCUGUGUUAACGCUUGUCUACAUGCGGACAGAUAACGAUUUCAUCUUGCGCGCUCGGCGACUUUUCGAUUAGGGCUGCUGAUUAUAUCACCACCUUUCGCGGACAGACGGUGAACGGCACUGACAACCCUAAUAUAUUGUACUAAAAUGUGCCACCGGCCUUUCUCUCCUCAAGUGCUGGCCUAAACACCGCCGCCCCUUUCGGUGCUUAUUUAUAUACUGGAUAUCGUCUGUCCCUUCG